GGAGUGGAGGCGGAAGAAGAAAGGACAUGUCAGUGAAUCUAAGUAAGAACGGGGCCGCCUUGCAGGGCGCUUAUAAAGAUGUGCUGGAUGAAAAGACCAAAACCGACUGGGCUCUUUAUACAUAUGAAGGUAACAGUAAUGACAUCCGAUUGGCCGAAACUGGAGAUGGGGGGCUUGAAGAGCUAGUGGAAGAACUGAGCAGCGGUAAAGUGAUGUACGCCUUCUGCAGGGUGAAAGACCCCAACUCCGGACUUCCAAAGUUUGUCCUCGUUAACUGGACAGGCGAGGGUGUGAAAGAUGCCCGGAAAGGGGCGUGUGCCAACCAUGUCAGCACAAUGGCCAACUUCCUCAAGGGUGCCCAUGUUACAAUUAAUGCCCGUGCUGAAGAGGAUGUAGAGCCAGAGAGCAUCAUGGAAAAGGUGGCCAAAGCAUCUGGGGCCAACUACAACUUCCACAAGGAGAGUAAAAGGGGCAACGAGGGACCUCAGGGACCAGUGGGUUCGGUCUAUCAGAAAACCAAUGCAAUGUCAGAGAUUAAACGCGUGGGAAAAGAGAAUUUCUGGGCUAAGGCAGAGAAAGAUGAAGAAGAACGAAGAAUGGAGGAAAAUAGGAGGGCAAACUCAGAAAAAGAUCGGCUGGAGAGGGAGCGCAAGGAGAGAGAGCAGAGGGAGGCUGAGACAAGAGAGCAGAGGUUCCGGGAGAGGGCAAAGGAGAUAGAUGCACAGAGGAAAGAGCAGGAGGAAACAGAGAAACAGCAGACGGUUCCUGCCUCCCAGCGCUCUGUUAACCCACGUGAGACGUUCCUUCAGAAAGAGCGCUCAUUACCUGAGUCUGGCCCAGUGAGUGCCCAGCCUGGGAGGCUGCGCAGUCCCUUCUUGCAGAAGUCGGCUUGUCAGCCUGAGUCUUCUCCUCCUCCGUCCCCUGUACAUCGUGUCCAGGAACCCCCAUCACCCCCUGUGUAUCCUGCUCACCAGACACCCCCAGAAUCUCCUGUGCCCCCUGUCUCUCAUCCACCAGAGUCCACUGUCCAUGUGAAAGAGCAAUUUACUGCCUCCCAGCAAGAAGAAGAGAAUAUAUACCAGGAUGCCACUGAGGACCAAAAUAUAUAUGAGGAUACCACUGAGAACCAAAAUAUAUAUGAGGAUACACCCCAGGAGGAACCAGUGUAUGAGAUUGAAGUGGAGGAAGAGAAAGGAGUCUGCGCACGGGCACUGUAUGACUACCAAGCAGCGGAUGAUACCGAGAUCUCAUUUGACCCAGAUGACUUAAUAACACAAAUUCAGUUUAUUGACGAAGGCUGGUGGCGCGGUUUUAGCCCCGCUGGUCACUUUGGAAUGUUUCCAGCCAAUUAUGUCGAGCUACUCGAGUGAGUCCACUGGUGAUGAGCACAAGCAAUAUGGUGGGGAGGGGCUGCAAACGAGAGGUUCUUGUUGCACUAAAACGGUUCUAACACCAUAGGCUACAACCACAGGAAAAGCACUUCAUGUCUUCACUAUCCCAAAUGCUUCCCAUUAAUUUACAAACUCGUGCUCUCUAAUACAAGCCACGUGUAGGUAUAUUAUAUAUAUACUAUUCUGGGCUUAGUUUAGCUCUAGGGAUCUUGCUAAAUUCUAUUCUUGGUGCUGUGAGAAAGCAUUCCUUGAUAUAUGCAGGCAGUUCAGUGUCAUUUCCAUAGGACUCUGCAUUUCCUAUUGCUGUGGACCAAAGGGUUCAUUAGUCACACCUAGGGUUGCCACUUGGCCUGUAAAAAUUAUGGUUGAUCCUAAUGUUAUUAAUAGGGAAAAGGUGGCAACCCUAGUCACAGCCCAACUUCUCUUUUUGUUCAACCCCAUCAGAGUGCAAGCCCCAAGGGCUCCAUGCUUGCUUAGUCCCAGCCCAGGCUAUGUUACUAGGCCUCUCUGCAUAACAGCUACUACCCCUUUGGCUGUUGGCUUCGGAAUUUUGACCACCAUCUGGUUUAGUGGUUGGUUUAGAGCUGCCCAAGGAUUUAUUGCUUGUCUAAUCACCCAGCCAAAAGCUUUUUUUCCACCAAGGAUUCCAAUUUGGCAAAUCCUAAAGUUCAUGGUCAAAGCAGAUGUCAACCCAGAAGCCACAUAACAAACAAUGAGCAGGUAACAUUUACUGGUUUAUUGUUUAUAAGCAAACAUCUGGUUGAUAGACCUGGGAUGAACGUUUGAUAACAUUAUCUCCAUAUACUCUGCCAGAUAUGGAACCAGGAUGUUUUGUGAACAGAGCCAAUCAUUGGAAUAGAAAUUGGGGUUUUAUAAGACCGGCAGGUCCUGGCUAAAUGUAUCUUUACUUGGUUAUCAUUCCAUGAGCUUCUCUUAUGAGUGGCAAUCUGAUAUUUUGUUGGGACGAUUCUGUGUGUUUCUUUUUCCAUUUAUCCUCACUUGUUCUCCUGUGCCCGCACCGACCUGCCAGUAAAAGGCAAAUUUUGCUUUCCCUACAAACAUCCCUGUGUACCCCCAGCAGGAUAUAACCCCCCUUGCCUGUGCUCCCCUGAAUGUGAAAUGUGGUGGCCGGUCCAUAGAGACCACGCCUCUCCUGUGACUAUUAAAUGCUGUUUUGGAAUCUCUGGGCUUGUAAGAUCAUGCUAAAGAUGAUACAUAAUUCUGUGUCCUGUGAAAUUACAUAAUCAUGCUGAAACGUAUUUUUUGGCUUAUGUUUGUUUUUGUUUUUUUAAUCAUUAAAAUUUGAAAUAAAAGACUUUGUAAUACGGA